GAGAGAGGGCGGAGGAGGAGGAGGAGGAAGGUCCAGAGAAGCAUGUGGAUUGAAGAGACCCGAAAGCGCACAUUUGAUCUUCUCUUCCGUGAUUAUUGACGCCGAUUAUCGUCGGCGAUUAUCGACUGCGUGACGUCAUCAGGAGCCUGGGCCGUUUCGCGUGUGUGAACGAUUUUUGAUUCUUUUGGACAUUUUCGUCUGUCGGAGCAGUUUCUGUUUUCUUGCUUUUUUUUUGUCGGAGAUCGCAGCUGAGAGGAUUUACAUCACACAGACUGCAUCGUUUCUACAUUUUAUUUGCCUUUGAACAAUAUUCGUAGAUUAAUCAAACGAAGUUUGUUUGGGAUUUACUCUUUGAUGUUUUCACUCCAAAGCAAAAAAACCUGAACUUUUUUUUUUUUUUUUUUUUUUAACCAAAGAAACUUGAAGGACUUUUGGUCAGUUUGGCUUCAUAUCGCGAACUGAUAUCGCCAACAUGCUUCAGGUGGACAUGAUCUUCCUCCUGCUCCUCACCGUCAUCCACAUGUGUGUGCACGGCCAGGACCAGGCUUCCAAAGUGGUGUCGGACCGCUACGCCGUCUUCUGGAACCGCACCAACCCCAAGUUUUACCGAGGGGAUUACCACAUUGACGUCUGCAUAAACGAUUACCUUGACGUGUACUGUCCGCAUUACAUCAGCCCGGUGUCGGAUGAGCGGGCCGAGCGCUACGUCCUGUACAUGGUGAACUACGAUGGCUACAGCUCCUGUGACCACACCGCCAAGGGCUUCAAACGAUGGGAGUGCAACAGGCCCUUGUCCUCGAACGGACCGCUCAAGUUUUCGGAAAAGUUCCAGCUCUUUACACCAUUCUCAUUGGGCUUUGAGUUUCGUCCUGGCAGAGAGUACUACUACAUCUCUUCCCUCACUGACGCCAAAGGACGAAGGAGCUGCCUUCGACUCAAAGUCUUUGUUCGGCCACAAAACAAUUGUGCGCGAAACUCUGGAAAUGUACAGGAAGGGCUCGACUUUGACGACAAUAGUCACAACAGUCUAGAACCCAGAGAUGACAUCAGCCACGAGUCGCCCGAGCCUUCUCGAAGGGACGUGAACUCCUCCACCCGGUGCCGCGGUUCCCUCCUCCUGCUUAGCACCGCCUUCAUACUCCUGGCUGCCAUCGUGUCCUCAUAGCGCCUCAUGCUGACGAACGGGACUUGUCCUGAUUGGACCACAGGCUGCAAAAGGAGCACUUUUUUUUUUAUAUAGAAUAAAAAAAUAAAUAAGGACUGACUCUUUCUCUCGGUGAAAGCGAAAGGGUCCUCGGAAGUACUCACUGGUCCUUCUUGGCGGAUGGAGAGUCUCGUACGACUUAAAUAUUAGACUUGACACACACACAACAUGGGUGUGUUCGCUCUCCCGAAGAAGCGCUGCAGGAUUCCUCGACGUUUACAGACAUUGUUGUUGUUUUUUGAGUCCCGCAAUAUAAGACGUCAUCACAUCUCAUGUCGGGAGAUCUGGCCUCUCAGGUGACAAAAGGAGUCGGAUUCAGUCGGACUGCCAGGGACCCUCGUUUUUCGAAUUUAUUGUAACAUUUAAAGAAGCACUCAACGGAUUUAUUGAUGUUGUAUUCUUUUUUUCUUUUCUUUUUUUGUACUUCAAGUGUAGCAGCCAACAUGGGUGUACAGCGAGAUACUUCAAUGACACUUUUUUUUUGUGGGUUUUUUUUCGGUCGCAGCAACAUGUUUUUAUUUAUUAUCUUGUGCUUAAAAGCAAUAAACACACAUGCACAGUGAUAACACAUUCAAAACAAUCAUUCAAGAAUGCUUAGUUAGUCGGUGAACGUUUGAAUCUAAAUGUUUUGGUUAUUGUUUAAAAAAAAAAAAGUGUUCAGGAAUGAAGAAAAAAAAAGAUUCUGAUGUGUUAUCAGGGUAUAGAAAAAUAGCGAAAGUUGUGUUUCAAACGUGUUAUUGAUAAAUGUCACAGUUACCAGUUU